CGCACCUUUCUCAUCAACAACAUGCUUUCCGACUCAAUCUGAGUUUUAAUUUUUGCUUCGGCAGCCGGCGCCAGAAAGAAUAGAGUUUCACCGGCCUGUCCUAUCCUCUGGCUAGCGGCAACUUGUUCAAAGAUGGAAUCAGCAUUCGGACUCACAUUGUCCGCGUCAGCAACACAAUGGCCGACAUAUCUGCUCCUCGCCAUAUUUGCGUCGUUGUGGUUGAUCAAGCGCCAUGCUUCUAAGGUCGAUGUCGCUCCCAGCGAGCCUGUUCUCCUCUCGUCAGGAGUACCACUUCUUGGACACCUCUUGGGAAUGCUGGUCUCUGGAUCCGGAUACUAUAUGAGCCUGUUUCGAAAGACCGGUCGCCAACUUCAGGGAGCGACACUGUCUAUCUUUGGCCAUAAGGUCUACGUGAUAUUCUCGCCAUCUCUUGCUCAGGCAGCCCUUCGGAACAAGGAUCUGUCUUUCGAACCCUUCGUUGUGCUGGCAAGCCAGGCCUUGGCCAACUUAGAAGGGCGCAGCCUCAAGCUGCUCAGAGAUGGCACAAUAUCGCGCGCCUUCUUCCACACUCUGCCCACCGCUGUUUCUGCUGAGCCAAUGAGUCGUAUGGCUGCAACUGGACUGCUUUCGAUGACUGGAGAGGUCAGCAAGCUAUGCCAUCAGAUCGACUUGUCAGUAAACGAACAAGUGGAGAUAUCAGACUUGUUCGGCUACCUCAAAAGAACAAUGACGCUCGCCGUCACAGAUGCGCUUUACGGACUGAAGGAUAACAUAUUUCGAGAUGACCUGACUUUGAUCGAUGAUUUGUGGAAAUUCGAUGAAAAUCUCCCUUACUUGGCAUCUGGUAUUCUUCCUUGGCUGUUGGCACCGAAAGGAAACAGGGCUCGUAUCCGUGUGCAAACUGCCCUAGCAGAAUACUACCGUCAACACAAGACCGAAGAAGAAUUUCCCGAGCAAACAGCCGACAUCACUCUUCUGCGACACCGAGUCUUUCGCGGUCUGGGAUUCAACGACUCUGAGAUCGGGCGCAUGGAGCUGACGAUGGUCUUUGCGGGCACGAACAACAGCGUACCCCUGCUCUUCUGGAUCAUCGUCAAUGUUUUUGCGCGCCCGGGAGUCGUUGACCGGUUGAGGGCUGAGGUGCAAGGCGUGGUUGAUAUCGUGCCCAUAGAAGAUCAGCCAAAGAAGACUGGUGAGAGCGAGGGAAGACCCGCACCCAGACGGCAGGCCAAUGUGCGAGCAUCACUACUCACAGAUGAGGCGCGGUGCCCGUACCUCACAGCUAUCCAGCGGGAGGCGCUUCGCCUCUGCAACACGACCACCGGAUUCAGGCAUGCCAUGAGCGACACCACGCUCCCUGACGGCACCCUGCUCCGCGCUGGAUCGACAGUGCACAUCCCGACGUCUAUCUCACAUCGCCUGCCAGAGGUGUGGGGCCCGGCGGACCCGAGCGAGUUUGAGCCAGCCCGAUGGCUCAAGACUUCAGGGGCGCCCGGCCUGAUCAAGGCCCCUGCGGCUUAUUUCCCGUUCGGGGGUGGGAAACAUUUAUGCCCCGGGAGAGGUUUUGCGUACGCUGAGAAUGCGGGCUUGCUUGUGACCCUCGCGCUUGGGUUUACCAUCAGCGGUCUUUCGCCCGAGACGCAGCCGCCGUGUCCAAUUGCGAAUCUAAUGGGAGAGGGCGUACCGAAACCGAGACGAAAGGCUGGAGUGUGCAUAAAGAGGAGGGAAGGGUGGGAGGACGUUCGGUGGAAUUUGAUUUGGUAA